GCUUCUGGCCCGCGAGGCCUACGGGCUCCAGGUUUGGAGCUUUGCUUCCGUCCGCCCGGAAGGUCGGCGGUUCGGUCCCAGCGUCCCAACGAUUCUUGAGUUCCUUUAUUGGCCCCGCGGGCACGGCCGUUGGAGGCGGCGCGGUCUGCACGCGCGUGGCGAAUCUGCCGCGACGAAUCGGCGGGCGUGGCGCCGGCGGCCUCGCGAGAGUGCGGCGCGGACGGAGGCGGCGCGACGGACCUUGCGGGCUAAGGGCCGCGGGCGGAAAGCGGGCUGCUGAGCGGCGGGGGGCCGGUGGGGCCCCGCGGCUCCAACAUGACGGGCCGCGUCUGCCGCGGCUGCGGCGGCACGGACAUCGAGUUGGACGCGGCGCGCGGCGAUGCGGUGUGCACGGGCUGCGGCUCUGUGCUCGAGGACAACAUCAUCGUCUCCGAGGUGCAGUUCGUGGAGAACAGCGGCGGCGGCUCGUCAGCGGUCGGCCAGUUCGUGUCGCUGGACGGUGCGGGCAAGACCCCAACCCUAGGCGGUGGCUUUCAUGUGAACUUGGGAAAGGAGUCAAGAGCACAGACCCUACAGAAUGGGCGGCGCCACAUCCACCACCUGGGGAGCCAGCUGCAGCUGAACCAGCACUGCCUGGACACAGCCUUCAAUUUCUUUAAGAUGGCUGUAAGCAAGCAUCUUACCAGAGGACGGAAAAUGGCCCAUGUGAUUGCUGCCUGCCUCUACUUGGUUUGCCGAACCGAAGGCACACCUCACAUGCUCCUGGACCUCAGUGACCUGCUCCAGGUUAACGUGUACGUGUUGGGGAAGACAUUCCUGCUCUUGGCGAGGGAGCUUUGCAUCAACGCUCCAGCUAUAGACCCGUGCCUGUACAUUCCACGCUUUGCUCAUCUACUGGAAUUUGGGGAGAAGAACCAUGAGGUAUCCAUGACAGCCCUGAGGCUUCUACAGAGAAUGAAAAGGGAUUGGAUGCACACGGGCCGGCGCCCCUCCGGCCUCUGUGGAGCAGCGCUUUUGGUUGCAGCCAGAAUGCAUGACUUCCGGAGAACAGUCAAAGAAGUCAUCAGUGUGGUCAAAGUGUGUGAGUCCACGCUGCGGAAGAGGCUCACAGAAUUUGAAGACACUCCAACCAGUCAGCUCACUAUCGAUGAGUUUAUGAAGAUUGACUUGGAGGAGGAGUGUGACCCUCCCUCAUACACAGCCGGACAGAGGAAGCUGCGCAUGAAGCAGCUGGAGCAGGUUCUGUCCAAAAAGCUGGAAGAAGUUGAAGGUGAAAUAUCCAGCUACCAGGACGCCAUUGAGAUUGAGUUAGAAAGCAGCCGACCAAAAGCAAAGGGCGCUCUCGCCAGCUUGUCGAAGGAUGGCUCCGGUGAGGACGCUACCUCAAGCCCCUUCUGUGAGGACGACACUGAGGAUGAGGAACUGGAGGCUGCUGCCAGCCACAUGAACAAGGACUUUUACCGAGAGCUCCUCGGGGAUGAUGGCGGCUCAGAGGCAGCAGAAGACCCCGAUGGAGGCAGCAGACCCCUCGCCCUGGAGUCCCUACUUGGUCCUCUGCCCACAGCAGCCAGCCUAGGCAUCUCCGACUCUAUCCGAGAGUGCAUCUCCUCCCCAAGUGGGGACCCCAAAGACUCAUCAGGGGACGGGGAGCUUGACCUCAGCGGCAUCGAUGACCUUGAGAUUGACCGAUACAUCCUGAACGAGUCAGAAGCCCGAGUAAAGGCUGAGCUGUGGAUGCGGGAGAAUGCUGAGUACCUGCGGGAGCAGAGGGAGAAAGAAGCGAGAAUAGCAAAGGAGAAGGAGCUCGGCAUCUACAAGGAGCACAAGCCCAAGAAGUCUUGCAAACGCCGGGAGCCAAUCCUGGCCAGCACAGCUGGGGAAGCUAUUGAGAAGAUGCUAGAACAGAAGAAGAUCUCCAGCAAGAUCAACUACAGUGUGCUGCGGGACCUUAACAGCAAGGGUGGAGGCAGCCCGCCCAGAGACGACUCCCAGCCCCCAGAGCAUACCAGCACCAAGAAGCUCUCACGGAGGAAAAGAGCAGCUACCAGGAAUACUGCUGAUGCUGGGCCAAGCACGGGGAAGAGGUUGAGGCCUCUGGUGUCUGCCCAGCCGGCUAAGAAGGCAGCUGUGGGAGAGGCCAUGCUCUUAAGUUCCCCUGCCUUGGGAGCUGAGCCUAUCAAGCCAUCAGCAGUCUUGGUGGAGAGUGGCCCUGUGUCGUACCAUCCUGAGGAGGAUGCAGAUGAGGAGGAUGCUGAGGAAGAGGAUGGAGAGCCCUGCGUCAGUGCUCUGCAGAUGAUGGGUGGCAAUGAUUACGGCUGUGAUGGUGACGAGGAUGAUGGCUACUGAGUGGAACUCACGACCAGGCAGCGUCCUGGUGCUGGACUCCAAGUGUACCUGUUUUGUGGGCAUCAGAUGGGCCCGGGGGCCACGGCUCACAGGAAUGACUUCUGAGCCUCGACCAGUCAAGCACUGCCCCACUUCUUUGAAACUUCCCAAGGCCACCCUGAGGACCAUUGUACGUACUGUUGGGAAUCAUGUUUUGAGCAAUGUAAGGGAUGUUUUUGCCCAGCGAGGGGAACUAGCUGUGUGUUUGUAUGUAAUGAAACAUGGUCAGAGAGCAGCGGGUCUGGGUCCCACUUGAGGGCCUGGCCUGCCGGUCACUGUGGACCAGGAGUCCUCGGGCAGGCCUGUGUCCUCCUGUCCUUAGGAGACUGAAGCGCAAGGGCUUCAGACAGGAAGCACGGCCCACUCUCAGCAGCUGCCGGUGCUCUCCGUCCUGUCCUUCCCACCAUGGAGAGAUGUGAAGCCAGCAGCUGCGGCAGUUCUUGCUCUGUAGUAGGCGGCCACAGCCUGGCCUCCUGCAGGCAGGGUGCUCCCUCUCUUCAGUGUCUGCUCACCGGCUUGAACCACCAGGAGCACCACAGGCCUCAGCCUCCUGUAUCAGCAGAAGCCAGAGGGUGGAGACGAGCGGACCACGUGCCCGUGUGCAGCUUUCUGUUGUAGCACAAUCCAUGUGGAGUUCUGGCCCUGCCCCAUCAGCCAGAUGAACCUUUAGUGCUCCUGAACGAGAACCCUCUGCCAAGAAGCCUGAGAAGGCCCGCAGGGCACCCUCGGUGCAGGUCACUCCGGCCUUCCUUUCCUGGAGGCAGCCUGGAUGCAGACUACAUGACUUUCAGAUCAAGAGGUGGGGCCAGGCCUGAGGUGAUGAGUUGGGGCUGCUGCAGAUGAGAGUGGGUGGGUUGGGUGGGCAGGGAGGAAGUGGUUUUGAUGAAAAGAUUGUGAGAUGCUUCGGAAUUCUGUGUGGGAAUGUGGACCCAUAGUCAGAGGCCCUUCCCGGAAGUGAGAUCAGAGCUGUGGUAGGGGAGAACA